AUGCAGCAAGAGACACCGCUACAGCUCCCAAACCAGAUGUCACCCAGCAAACCGAGCUGCCCCCAGCCCCAGUCCAAUCUCGAUCCCACAUGUGAGGCAGAGGCACAACUUCCCAAGCCCCAGCAUGAAGCCACCCCAUCCCAGCAGGCCCUUGAGCAACAGGUAGCCAAGGAGAAGCCAGAGCCACACCGCAUCCCCCGCCUCCGGGCUUUGGUGGAGAGCCAGGCCUUCAGGAAUGUCCUGGUGGACGAGAUGGACAUGAUGAUGUCUCGUGCAGCCACACUUAUCCAAGCCAACUGGAGGGGCUACCAGCUCCGGCAGAAGCUGGUCUCUCAGAUGAUGGCGGCCAAGUCCAUCCAGGAGGCUUGGCGGCGUUUCAGCAACAAGCGCAUCCUCCGCUCAAGCAAGAAGUCAGAGAAGACUGGGAAUGAAGACAAGGACCUCCCUUACCACCCCCCGCAGCAAGUACGGUUCCAGCAGCAGUAUCUGGAAGGGCAGGAGCCCCUCCCACAGAGCUUGCCCCCUCCUGUCAUGGUCAACAAGGAGACCCAGUUUCCUUCCUCGGACAGUCUGGCCCCCUGCGCCCCUCAGCAGGCCAUGCAGAAGUCCCCAGCAGCCCUGGGACCUCUGGAGCCUUGCAUGACCACUUCAUAUGUGCUUGGGGUCCCCAGUGUUACCUUCCUGCCGCAUCAGAUGAUAACCAUUGGAUUCCCAUGUCCGAUGCAUGUAGACUCCAAGAGCCAGUACCCCUGUCUGUUGACAAAGACCAUCAGGAGCUCAUGCCUGGUCCACAUAGAAGCAGACACGAUGAAGGACAAGCAUGCGAUCACCAGACCCAGCAAGGUGGGGACCACGGAGCCAGCACCAUGCAGGAAGUGUGCCCAGGUGGGACCCCUCAAGACCCAGACCCAGGUCCAUGUAGAAGCAGAGGCUCCCAGACCUCCACCUCAGGUAUGCCUCAUACCUACAAUGGCCAAACGUCCACCCCGAACACACACCACAGAUGCGAUGACCAAGAUCCCAUCUCAGACAUGCCCAGCAGUCGCCACCACCAAAAUUUCACCCCAGACACGUACAGCGGUCAUGAUGAACAAGAUCCCACCCCAGACAUGUCUGAUGCCCCCAAUGUACAAGACCUUCUCCCAGAAAUGUCCAGAGGUUGCCACGACCUAUCACUCACCCCAGACAUGCCCAGCGGCCACAACCUGCAAGACCCUACCCCAAACACACCCAGCAGACACGAUGACCAGAACCCCACCCCAGACACAUUCUGUGGCAGCCAUGACCAAGAUUCCAUCCGAGACAUGCCCGGUGUCCAAGACUCCACCUCAAGCUCGCCUGGCUGCUAUAAUUACCAGAACCCCAGCUCAAAUACGCUCUGUAGCCACCCUCCUCAAGACCUUCUGCCUGUCCCCAACACCCACUGGGAAGGCACCACAAGCCAGCGUAGCCAGUGGGACCCCACAGUCUUUAUCCCACACACAAGUGAACCCAACCAAGGUGAAGGCCACCUCCACCGAAAAGCAGUCAGAUGUGACACAGCAGGCCUCGUCCCACUCGUAUACGGUGGCAGGAAAGGCCAGGCGCCUACCCCAGGAAGUGGGGGUACCCAAGGCUCCAGCCAGACCUCAUUGGGAAGCUGAGAAGAUUAAGGUCUGUCCCCAGAGACACAUGAAAGCAGAAGUAGCAUCACAAACUAAUGUGAGCAUGGGAGUGGCCAGAACUCUGUCUUGGGCCAAAGAAGUUGGGGACAGAAGCAAGACCCGAGCACAAGCCCAGGAGAAAAUGGAGCCAGUUGGAGUCCAACCUCAGGCAUGUCCACCCGUUGAAGUGGUUAUGACCCCAUGCCAGGCCCUGCCAGCCACCACACUAGCCAAGACCCAAUGCCAGGGACAUCUGUCCACUGGGCUGGCCAAGACCCUGCCCAGGACCCUGUCCAAGACCCUAUUUCAGGCCCAGCUGGUGACUGGACUGACCAAGCCCCACUGCCAAGCACAGAUGCCUGCUAACCUGGCUCAGGCCCAGACCCAGCAGGUGGCUGAGCUGAAGAAGGCCCAGACCCCGACUGGGCUUGCCAAGACCCAAUCCCAGGCCCAACAAGUAGCCAAGCUAACCGGUACUCAGUUCCAGGCUCAGAUAUCCACCAGGAUGACCAAGAACCAGUCCCAGGCUCAGCCGUUGGCCAGGUUAACUAACACCCAAGUCCAACAACAGACACCCACUGGACUGACCAAGGUUCAGGUCCAGGCUCAGAUACCCACUGGGAUGACCAAGGGCCAGUCCCAGGCUCAGCUGGUCACCGGGCUGACCAAGUCUCAAUUCCAAGGCCAGACACCUAGUGCAUUGACCAAGGGUCAAUCCCUGGCCCAGCAGGUGGCUGAGCUGAGCAGGACCCAGUUCCAGAGAAAGAUGCCCACCAGUUUGACUAGAACUCUGUCCCAGGCCCAGCUGGCAGCCAAGCUGACCAAAGCCCAGUUCCAGGCUCAGACACAUGCUGAGCUGACCAAGACUGACUUGCAAGCCCAGCAGGUUGCAAGAUUGACCAAGACCCUGUCCCAGGCCCGACUAGUAACAGAAACAGCCAAGCCUCUCUGCCCAGUUCAGCAGGCCACUGACCUCAGAAAAACUCAGUCCAAGCCCCAGCCGGCUGGGUGCAAGGCUGCUGCCCAGCCCUGCCAACACGUCUGUGCCCUGGAACCCCUGCCUCAAGACAAGCCUGAUGACAAACUGACCCAGUUCCUGGACUGCAACCUCACGUUGGGCAAGUCUGCUCAGGGCUCCCAUCUGCAAGGCUCGGAAACCCAGAGCAUGCUGGUACCGCUGCUGGCCAGUCACUCUUCUUGUAACAUUGAAUCCUGGGGGGACAGCGGGGCAACCGGAACCCCGUUACCUGCACACAGCCAGCCUGUGCUCUGUCCCGAGGAAGUGGUGGCCUCCCAGCUGGCGUCCCUGUGUGCUGAGCUGACAGCUGUGCUGGGCUCCCAUGAGGAUCUUCGCUCACUGCUGUGCAAGGCCUUGUCUCAGGGUGAAGUGCGGGCCACCCUGUCCCAGGUCCUUUCCAAGGAGGUGCUGAGCACCACGGUGGCCAAGGCCCUGCCGCAAGGCAUGCUGGGUGCGGCACUAGCCAAGGUCCUGUCCUGGAGUGAGCUGGGCGUGGUCAUGUCACGGACGCUAUCUCGGGGUGACCUGCGGGCAGAGCUGGCCAGGGCCCUGCAGGGCAGGCUGGCCGAUGUGCUCGGCAAGGCUCUAACGGAGGAUGAGCAGGCAGUGCUGAGCCAGGCGCUAUCCCAGGGGGAGCUGGGCGCCGUGCUGAGCACACCUCUGUCGCAGGUGUCGCUACGGACUGCAGCAGCUGUACUUCCUAAGGCAGCCCUGAAAGUGGCAGGCAGCAGCCUGACUGCAGGGCCUGGGACGGUGGAGGUGGACUGCAGGGGGACCCCUUCGGCUAUGUGGAGGCCUACCAUGGGGCCCACAAGCAUGCACCCCAGCAAGGUCAGGGUCCCCUGCAAUGUGGCCUGGGAGGAGAUGGGGGAUGGGGCUGAGCUUGUGGGGUCACCCUGCUUGUUAGGGUCCUCCAUGUGUGAUACCUUGACCAGUAGGGAGUUUACCAUCAUCCACCAAUGUUCACUCAUCUUGGGCUUGAAUCCCCAGGCACCGUGGGAGGGAGGCACUGGCAGUGACCUUUUCAGUUUACACUUAAGCCAGGUGGCCAGGGGAGACAAAACAUUUGCUUUUAGUGGCACCGGGCCUGAUUUGCCUGAGCUACCCCACCUGCGGCCACCCCCCAAUCUAUGGCCACCGCUUAUUGCCAAUGGAGUUGGCCCCAGUGCCAGCAGGCCAUCGGUGACCAGUAACACAGUCCCCAGUUCCCACAAGCCACAUGUGGUAAGCAGGGUGGCCCCUCAUGCAUGGUCGUCACCAGGGGUAGGCAGAGGUUUCUUAGGAAGGCCGCCAAACUCAGUGGGCAGUGGGAGGGCAGCGCGGUUCCACCAAUCACCUGUCACCUGCAGUGGGUCAUCCUGCUGGUGUCAGCUUUCGGAGGCCAAUAGGGCCCCCGCUGGCAUGUACCGAUCCUCCAUGGCCCGGGUGCUGGUUCAUGGAUCACAGCCCCCAAAUCACAAGCAGGCAUGUAUGGGUCCCAGGGACUUGCCUAGCAAGGAUACCUCAAGCCCUCCACUGGCUGUCAUGACAAGCAAAGUGGCUUGCACUGAUCCCCAGGCAACCCACAGCCUCUUGCCAGGUUCUGUAGCACCCAAAAAGCAGAAAUACCUGGUGACUCAGGUCAACCCCAAGUUGUCGCAAGCCCCAUUGGGCCUUUCCCACACAUCCAUGCCUGUCCAAGAGAGUACUCAGAUGUGGGUGUCUGUGUCUGCCAUGCCCCAACCCCAGCAACCAGCAACUGGCCAACACAUUUCCAUGUUCAACAGGCUGGUGGCCCCUUCAGCAGACACCAAGCUGGCCAAAAGAUUCUCCCAGAGUUCUGUGGUCCUCAGUAAUUCCCAGAGCUCUCUACAGACCACCAGCUCGGCCAGCCUAUCAAACACAUCCAUGAUCAGCUUGAACGCCAUGGAUCUGGUAGAGGAGUCCUGGAAGGGCAACUUAGAGGGUGAUCUGCAGAUGAGCCCCCUGCUCCCUGGGAAGGUGGCAGGGUGCUCACAGAGGCCUGGGGAGAUGGAGGAGGCCAGUAGGACCCAGACUGAGCAUAUGCCCUCCAGCCCAUGUCACUCUGUCGCAGCUACAGAGCUGGUCCCCAUUCUACACCACAGACCAGUGGCCAACCGUAUGUCCUUUAGUGUCCACUGGGGCUCAGAGAGUGACACAGAUGUGUCCUCUGACCCAAGCUCCACUGAUACGUUCAAAAGCUUGUCCCAGGUGUCUGUGAGGACGAGGCUGCCAUCUGUGGUUUUGGGGGCCACACCAAGUAAACCAUCCCCCUAUGCAGCCAAUGUGGGCCGAGUUCAGAGCCAGCCUUCUCCAGAUACUUGGGGGGCUCCAACUCAAAAUCCUCUGAUAGGUAGUGGGCUGGCCUCCAGCUUCCAGCACUCCAAGUUCAGUGAGGGUCGCCGGAUUUAUGUCUCGGGGGGCCACGGCUACUGGAGUAGCCCCAAGUAUGUCUCGGGGGGCCAUGGCUACUACCAUGACCCCACACAUGUCUCGGAGAAGUGUGACUACUGGUAUAGGCCAAAAGCCUCCCAAAUGGACCAGGCUAUUGGGAUGAUGCCAUUUGGGGCCACAGAGAACCAGACCAUGUUAAAUCCAGGAGAGUUAGAUGAGGUCUCCUCCCACAUGUCAGGAUCUAGUGGAGAGUCCAACGACCUCAACAGCAAGUCUUUGGUCCUUGAGGCAACCCCCUGGAUGUACAAAGAGCCCAUAGAGCCCGGCAUGGAUGAUGAUUACAGGCCUCAGAUGGAGGAGAGGACUGUGAAUGAGUCCCAGAUGCCACUCUUGGGGAAGGCAGUAACCAGUCAUGCUAAGUCUGUGGCCAGUGGCAUGGCACACACUUUUCCGCCAGGUUCCAUCACUGGUGCUAUGGCCCCUAGCCUUCCCCGAGCAUCUAUGACCAGCACUAGGACUCUGCCACUCGAUUCCAGGGCCAGUGGCGUGGUUCAUGCCUUUCCCUCAGAGUAUGUGUCCAAUAACUUGGCUAGAGCUCCACCUCCUAGUCCUGUGGUCAGUGGUGUGGCUCCUAUCCCCUCACAGGCCCCCAGUUUAACCAAGUACUCCAUGGUUGGCAGCACCACCCCAACUCUGCAGCCAAGGGCAGUAGCCAGUAGUGGGAUCACCAGCAGUCCUAAUAUGAUGGCUAGCAGGGUCAUGAGCCAACCCCAGGGCACCUCUGGAGUCCCUUAUGACUUUCCUAUGGUUCCCCAAAGCCAAUCCCAGGCAACAACUUUAACCACCAUGUCCAGAUCACCCCAGCUGCUCCGAGGCAGUUCCAUGGCCCCUAGCCAGCCCCCACAGUCCAUGGCCCAGAUGGGGACCACAAGUCAUUCUCAGUGGUCCAGGACCUCCAGCAUGGCUUCCCACAUGCCGUAUCAGCCCUUCUCAGCUAGCAGGGCAGUGCCCAGUCAAUUCCAAAUGGACACUGACUCUGGCACACCCCUAGUACCUGAGGCCAUAGGCCAUAGGAAAUCCUUCAGGUCCAUGCAUGGCAGCAUUGUUACUGAGAUGCUGGAUGGAUCCCUAGCCAGGCUGGUGCCACCCCACCAACUGCAGGAAAAGUCCCCCCAACCCACACAGGGUGGUCCUCGACACUCCAUUAGCACCUCGCACCCGGGUAUCAUUCGUACCAGCCACGGGGCCCACAGCACAGCCAUCCCACGCAUCCCACCAGGCAGCCGAAAAGUGUCCCUGGGUUAUGAGUCAUCGCCCAGCGGCUCCUGGCGACCCCUCUUUGACCAUCUAUCCUACUCCUCAGUGACCCCCACGAGCAGCCACCAUCCCUCCCUGAUCCCCACUGUACUCCAGGGUCUCACGGAUGCUGGUGUGGAGGGUAGUCAAUCAUGGAAUACCGCCGCCGUCCCCAGUGUUGUGGCUGGGCCAAGGGACAGCGCUGCGGGCCCCAGGAGUGUGCAGUCGGCCAGGGGCGCAGGACCAUGGGACGCCACAACAGUGGACUCCAGGAGGUCAGGGGAGCCGUUUGUGUCGACGGUGGAUCCGAUCAUUCACGCCGUGGUGAUUCUCCAGGCCCACGUCCGUGGCUAUCUUGUGCGCCGUAUGAUUAAAGUGUGGCACCACAGUGCCAUCAUCAUUCAGGCAGUGUGGCGUGGCCACGUAGUGCGGAAGCAACUCUCCCAGAUGCACGCAGCUGCCCGAAUCAUCCAGGCACGAUGGCGCAGUUACCGUGCCCGCAGGGAGCAUUACCAGCUGAUGAUGCAGCUGGCCACACAGGCAACAUCGGGAGACUGGAGCAGAACCUCAUCAGAGCACCGAUGCUUCCAGUCCUGUCAGCCACGUUCCUGUGCCUUCUGCCAGACACUGAGCCUUGGGCUGGGAAGCCCGCCCAGUGUGGUUCUGCUUGUGGGUUCCAGCCCCCGUACCUGCCACAUGUGUGGACAGACCAUGCCGACUCGUGUGGUGCAGGGCACGGGCCAGGCUGCUGGUGGCUGGGAGGGUGCACUGUCACGGAAGACCCAUGGUGCCCAACAGACUCCCUGCAGCCCCCAACUCCCACACCACCACCACAGAGCAGCCAUAUCCAUCCAGUCAGCCUGGCGGGGCUUCCUGACCCGCCGCCAUCUCAGGCAGCAGCAGGGGGCAGCCAAGAAGGUACAAGCAAGCUGGCGUGGUCACUUCACCAGGACCUGUCUCACGGCCGACGCACUCCUGAGUCCAGGGAUGUCAUGGGAGAGUCCAAGGUGCAUGAAGUGGCCUGGCGUCUAG